UGCUUUCCAUUGUCAUGACCAUCUAAAAUUCUUGUGGGAAAAGGAAAUUUUUACCGAAAACGAAGCAUUUUCAGACACAUUUGUUCCUUUUUCUCGCUUCUCUCAAACGCCCAUGGCGGCAACUGCAGCCUUCAAUGUCUUAUCAGCUACUCCCAUCUUCCGCCUUUCAUCUGCACUUCAAUUUUCUUCAAAGCCGUUGCUGCUUCCAGUGUGUUUUUCUCCAAGAACCCCCUGUCGUCCCAGAAUUCUCAGGAUUUACGCCUUAUCUAGUAACGAUAUCAAAGUGGGUACAAACCUUGAAGUUGACGGAGCUCCUUGGCGAGUUUUAGAGUUUCUUCAUGUCAAACCUGGAAAGGGUGCUGCUUUUGUGAGGACCAAAAUGCGUAAUUAUAUAACAGGAAACACUGUUGAGAAGACUUUUCGAGCUGGAAGUACGAUUGAUGAGGCAGAUGUUUUCAAGGAAACCAAGCAGUUUACGUACAAAGAUGGUUCCCAGUAUGUCUUCAUGGACCUGAACACAUUUGAAGAAACCCGUCUAAAUGAGGCAGAUGUUGGGGGCAAGACGAAAUGGUUGAAAGAGGGAAUGGACUGCAAUUUGCUCUUUUGGAAUGGAAAGGUUAUCGAUUUUGAGCUCCCCAUCACAGUUCAGCUAGCUGUGGUUGAUGUUGAUCCUGGCCUCAAAGGUGACACAGCUUCAGGUGGAUCCAAACCUGCAACUCUUGACACAGGCGCUGUUGUUAAUGUUCCACUCUUUAUUAAUAUAGGUGAUCAAAUAUUGGUGGAUACAAGAACUGGGCAAUACAUGAGCCGUGCAUAAGUUUUGCUAGGAGAAUUCUUAUAAUUAGCAUUUUUUUCUUUUAAUUUAUUUGUUUAUAUAAUUUAACAUUUAACAAUACCAGAGUGUUCUACUUUAACUUUUAUCAAGGAAUUUUCACCAGCCCUAGGUGGACUGAUGAGAGGUAGCAGCCUGCGGGCAAUGGUUUCUUGUAUUAUAUGGUUGUAGAUUUUUUGUGCAUUUGUUGAUGGAAUUUAUAUGUUAAUAACUC